AUGGAACUAGAUACUAUGGAAGGAAAGCCGGGCUGCCUGUCUUGUGGAGCUAAGUUCAACCACCAAUCAUCGCUCAGUCGUCAUUUGAAAAACCAGUGUAACAAAAAUCUAUCACGAAGGCGUAAGGCUUGUCGUCAAUGUGUUACACAUAAAACAAGGUGUAGCUUAAAACGGCCUACUUGCUCACGAUGUCAUGCGCGUAAUAUUCCCUGCGAAUACGCUAUUCCUGAGAACCUGAACACUCCGGCGAAUGUGAGACACGACCUUUUAGAAAUUGAGAAGAAUCCGACAAGCACCACGCUUUCAGAUAUCUCACCUACAUUUCGACCACAAUUUUUACAGUCAACGUUUGAUCCUAAUCUAUUCGACACCUUUUUCUCGGAUGCAGGAAACUGGUCUUCAAUGCCACCAUUAGAUCUUGAUUUAUAUCCGCAAAAUAUGGAUCACUCAGGGCUGCUAUCUUUUGGCCGUGAAGACGGAAGUAUUUCCGAGCCUGGCCGACUCGACAACGUUCCUUCUAUUGAGCUUCCACCGUCUACAGAAUCAAAAUCGGUUGCUUUAGCAAAUCACAGCAUGGAACUUAUAUUCCGUGUUUUUCGUACUUGGCCUCAGAUGCUGGCUGAGGGAUUCCAACUACCUCCAAUAUUCCAUUCCACACAUUUUGCUCAGCUUGAUGUUUUGCCCCGGCCAUUGGCGACUUGCACAACUUUAGUCAAAAUGUGGCAUGGACAAAGCGUUGGAGCUGAAGAGAUUGUGAGGAAGACAAUAAUUUCAGAGUUGAAUCUUAUUGUCGAUCAACCAGAAGAACUUGACGAAACGAUGCUUUUAGCAGUUCUACAAGCUGUAGUGAUAUAUUCCAUUAUCCUCCUCUCACCAUCAAGAGCCCCACAAAACUCAGCAGAUGAUAACGAAAUCGUCUUUCAAAAAGUCGAGUCACUUGUGUGGCACGUUGUGCGUGAUGGCCUUUUCUUUAAAGAAGAAAGAGCACAGACACGACCGUGUUGGGAAGCUUGGAUACAUGUUGCAUCCAAACGUAGAGCAGUGCUUACUUUAUAUCUUCUUCAUUGGGCAUACUCGGUGUUGCACAAAGUUCAAUGUUUUGACUGUAAAGACCUUGGGUUUAUGCCUGCACCGGCCCCAAAGGCACUCUGGCAAGCAAACACUGAACAAGAGUGGAACACAAAAUACAUCCAUUGGCUUUCGAGAUGGAGUGGUCGAAUUUACCUUCAAGCCGAGAUUGGAGAUAUCCUGCCCGGUACUACUUUGAAUAAUAGAGCAGAGAAGUGGUUUGGAGAGGUUGAUGAGUUUGGAUUUAUUAUGGCUUCAAUCGUCAACGCUACAGAAUUUGACCCACCAUCACUCAAAGUCUUAAUCCAGUAA